CUACCAUUCGCUUCAAAUUUGCAGAUUUCAUUCAUAAAAAAAGUUAAGAAUCCAAAAAAGUUGAUUUGUCAUUUUGUCAUAUUUUCAUUUCAAAGAGCUCAUCAUUUUUGUUUAUUCUCCUUUAUCGUGUUAAUUAAAAGAUGAGCGAAGAAGAUAAUACCUUGGUGAACCAGUCGGAGAGCAGUUCCUUUGAGGAUCUGGCGACGGCUCACGAGAUAGAGGAGGCGAAACUGGCUGAAGCCUCGGCUGCAGAGACCGAGAAAGCCACAGAGAGCAAAAAUGACGAGUGGCAGGAUGUGCUUGGAUCAGGUGCCCUACUUAAAAAGAUUUUGAAGCCUGGAGAUGAAUCAGAAGGCCUGCGACCACACAGAAGUGACAUAUGUAGGAUAAGCUACGAGCUCAAGAUCCGAGGUGGCAAUGGAGACAUAUUUGAGAAGAGGGAUCAUGUUAAAAUUUAUCUGGGAGAUAAUGAGAUCCUACAAGGAUUGGACUUAGCACUCACACUUAUGUACAAAGGGGAAGAAUGCCUUCUUCAGAUAGCACCCCGUUUUGCGUAUGGAGACGUAGGGCUGAAGCCUGGUGAGAACCAAGGUUUGGUUGGGGAGAGCACUCCAGUAAAUUAUGAGGGCCCGGUGAUUGGUCCGGAAACAUGGUUGGAGGCUCGAUUGGAACUGCAUGAUUGGAGCGAAGAGCCUGAACAUGAAACAUUGCCCAUAGCUGAGAGAAUGGAAAUUGGAACUCGCCGCCGCGCCCGCGGCAACUGGUGGUACGGGCGGGGCGAGGCGCAGCUGGCUGUGCAGCUGUACCGGCGCGCGCUGGACGUGCUGGACGAGUCGGAGGGCGGCAUCACGGAGCCCACCGCGUCCGGCGAGCUGGCGCCCACGUCGGACGAGCUGCGCGCGCUGCUGGAGGAGCGCCUGCGCGUGCACAACAACAUGGCCGCCGCGCAGCUCAAGGCCGGCGUGUACGAAGCGGCGCUGCAGGCGGUGACCCGCGUGCUAUCCUGCCAACCCCAAAACGCGAAAGCCCUAUACCGCAAGUCGCGCAUCCUGUCCGCCAUGGGGCGCAACUCGGAAGCCCUGGAGGCGGCGCGCGCGGCGGCGGCGGCGGCGCCCGACGACGCCGGCGCCAGGAAGGAGCUGCAGCGCUGCGAGCAGCGCGCCACCAGGGACCGCUCCUCGGAGCGCCGCCUGGCCAAGAGGAUGUUGGGCACGCAAGCGCCCAAAGGGACGCCGGAUAAGAAACCAUCGAAAGCUAAGCUUCUGAUGUGGGGCCUGCUGAGCUUGCUGGUAGGCGUGGCUAGCGUACUGGUGUACCGGUACAAGAUGCAGGGACAUUGAUGACCAUGCAGCAGUGGCUUGAGCUAGAAUUGAUAUAUUCCAAUGAGGCGGUUGGAUGGGGAAGGUCGGCUACGUACAGUUCAUAUCAUUAUAGGCGCUUGUUCGUCACGCUUACGGCAGCGAGCUAUAUAUCGAGCAGUUAAAUAUUACGCUACUUAAAUCCUCUGAAAAUGCAAUUUUACAUUGCUUAUUUUGUAUUUUUUACAUGUAAGUUUUAUUACAAUUUGUUAAAAAGCUUCAGUUUUGAAUCUGAGUCAUCACUUAUUAUGCCUCGAUUACACGCAAUGAGUAGAGUGGCGAGAUCUAUUAACGCUCAUGUGCCUAACUCAAAGGCCAAUUAUCAUUAUUUCGACAACUUUACGUCAACUCGUCUACAAUUUAAAUUAUUUAUUUGUAUAAGGGUGCGGUCACAUAUUCGGGUAUUCAUGCAUCACUUUCAUUUUGGAUAGCGAAAGUGAUGCAUCACGAAUAUUCGCCGAAUGCCCGAAUAUAUAGCCGGCACCCUUGCGAAAGAUCUAUACAUCGUGUGAUCACAAUGAAAUUGUUGACGAAUUGAAGCCGAUUUAGCUACAAAAUGUUCAAUAUCGGUUAGGCUACUGAAACUUGAUCUUUUCACUAAACCGAUUGCUGACUCGUCACUGUACUCGUUACGUGUAACAUGGAUAUCUAGGGUAGAUACUUGUACUUUGUGUAAAAAUGGGUGGAAAGGUUAGGUUAAUUAGAGUAUAAUGCACACUCUGUGAUGCGGUCGCUAGACUGCGCUAGCUUACUUUCAACCAGAGACUAAUAAAUAAAUGUUCGACUCUCAUACAAAGUUAUGUUCCUCUUUUUUGGCGCUAUUAUAUACUUAUAAACCAUCAGAUAGGUUACUUCAGGAGGAAUGCAACUUUGUUUGAAUAUUAAAUAAGUUUGUAUUAUUUACUGGUCUCUGCUUUUCUCUUUCGAUUCUGCAUUUAUGUCGAAAUUUCAAAUGUUUCAAUAUGUAUAUAUUUUGUAUAAACCUUUAUUUAUCUCAUAGUUGUUUUUGUUUAUGUAGUGCCAAAAUUGGAGAUGUAGAAAAUAAUAUAAGAGUAAAUAAAUAUCUAUCAAAACAGUAUAAUAAACAUUUAAAAAUAUUUUUCGAUAUCUACUUUACUAGUAUAAGGACAGAUUUACGAAUCGCAUUCCACAAUAAUGUUUGAAAUAGCAAUCAGGGUUGAUAAAUAAAAUUUCAACUGUUUUUUUAUGUAUACUUUACUUUCAAAUCAUUGGUGCUUUAAUUUCUGCAUUUUUAUUCCAUUAACAUUAUAUUGUAGAUGCUUAAAUUGGUUAAAAAAAAAUACAAAUCGAGUGAUCGUAAUUUUUAUAUAGGUAAAAUCAUGGGUACACGCCAAGUAGGUAAUAACGAUAUUAAUAGGUACUUCAAUCGUAAUAACACGUAUUAGAACUUAAUAAUUGGUCUAAACACGCAAUAUAAAUGUGAUUUCACUGUGGACAUAACGAUUGUUUAACUAGUAAGUAGACGCUGAAAUGCUUACUGAGAAGGCAAAUUAAUAUUUACAAUUAUAUCUGGUUGUAUCAAUAAGCCUUCAUAUUCAAAUGUCUCCCACUUCGUGAACAGUUACUUUCCAGUUGUUUUUAUAGUAUGUACAGUCAAUGUAUGAAAUAUCGGCACUUUGUAGCCAAAAAUAUGUAUACACGACCUUAUUGCCAAUACUUUAAUAGUGUUUAAAUAUUUUUGUCAUUUUGUCCGUGCCGAUAUUUAAGACUUGAUUCAUAUACUUCUCAUGCCCAAAAAUAUUUGAAUAUGCACUCAUAGGCGUGUUUGGAUAUUUUUGAACAUCUUGGCCGCUUUGUUAUAUCUGGUGAUGCCUGUAAAGGUAUAUUGUCAACUCAUGUCGUACGUAAAACAAAAUGCAUGUAACGUGAAGGAAUGUUUAUCUACCUACCGGCAUUUCUUUCAAUUCAACUUUUGCUAUUUAAUUAAGAUUUCGAAUUGUUCAAGGCCCUGAAUGCGUAAGCAUUUCAGCUCUAUAGAACAAAUGUGAAGUACCUCGCCCUUCACAUCACAGCUACUAUAAAUACUCUGAUAUCAUGUCAGAAUAUUAUUAUAGCAACAUGUGACAGUAAAUUAGACUUAUUUUAACUUAGGACAAUGGUUUGGUGUAAGGGUCUAUAACGCCCCACGUUCAAAAACAUAAAUAAAAAACAUUGUUCAAUUAUACACUAAUAAACGUUGUUGAAGACA